AUGCUCCGCGACGAGCUUCUCCGGUCUAAGAACGAUGAGAUCGCAAACUGUGUGUCGUCGCGCAAGCGAAAACUGACCGAGUUGUAUUAUGCGACCGUGGGUAUUGAGGCCGCGACCGCUGAUUCCCUCUACCCUCAAAAAGAAGCAACGUUUCUCGACGCCAACGAUAUCGAGAAAGGUCGUUACUUCGACGAAGCUACUUUACCGUUGCCCGCGCAUGCGCAAGCGCGAACCUCACCCUCAAAACCUGUCGCGUCUACAGCGCCCGGUCCAACAAAGUCGCAAUCGGCCGCUGGUGCCAUAUUACCGCCAAAAUUAGACAGAGACGCCGUCUCAGUUUCUACAGGACCUAUCGUAGCGACUCCCACGACCCAGCCAGGAGCCGCAAAGCCGGCUGUCGCACCAGCCCCAGCAUUAUCAAACGUACCUUCUGUACCGGCAUCGAGUCUCGGAGCUACACAGGAACCUGAAGCUCCCGUUCCUGCCGUAUCAGCCACGGGUGCCGACCCAAGUGCAUCGGUAUUAGAUACGCCCCUCAGCGCGAAAGGGCACGAUGGAGCAGAGGUCAGGUUCUCAAGCGUGAAGCCUAAUGCAUCGAAUGCAACAACCUCUCUGGAUAUCCCUACCGCCUCCACUCGGAGGAAAUCUGAGAGUCGCCCAUCUCUUACUAUAGGCGCUUCUAACCCAGAACAGCCGCUUUCUCCCGCUUCUUCCAUCGAUCCUUAUUCUAAUAACACCCCCGCUCCCGUUACUGCUUCACCUGUUACAAGCCCCGGAGAGGAAACUACCGAAGUUGCGAAGAGUGGCCGCCUGAGCCCGAAUCAUGAUCGAUCAAUACAUACUCGUUCAGGUCUGGUUCCAUCAACUCCCGACGAACAAUUGCUGUUGGAGGAGGCGCAAUCAAUGCGACAGGCCCAAGAUGCGAAGGCCAGCGGGCCAUCGUCAAAUGAAGUGAUCCAGGAGAAGGCAACGCCAAGUAAAGAUGGAAUGGAGAUUGAUGAAACACCUGCGGCUGGACCUUCGGAAACCAAAAAUAUCAAUGGCACAGCCGCUCAAGGAGGGGAUGCGUCGCCCACUGAGAAAGUACCGGAUGGGACAACAUCUAAUGAAGUCGAAACACCGAAUAAGAAGUUGGUUUCGAAUCCUCCCACUCCGCUCGGAUCUUCUCAGCCAGAGCGUAUGACUACCAGAGUCUCAUCUGGAGCUAUUCGCCACAAAUCAGUGUCAGAAAUACUUGGGGAAACGCCAAGAACAUCCCACUCAGCUACAGAGCAGGAUUCGCCGGAUAGUGUGGCCCGCAUGCGUUUCAAGGAUCGCAAGGAUCGCGAGAAGGAAAGAACCAGGUUGUCGACGGUUGUGUUCCCUAAACAAGCGACUUCACUCCAAGAUAAGGCAGAUUCACAUGAUUUUAUUCACCGUGAAUCAGCCGACGUGGUGGCUCAAGUGAAUGAGGAGCAGGACUACCUCUUCACUCUAUUCUUAAACAGAGCCUUCGCUCCGCCGCGAGGCAUGAAUAUCAGCACCCUCCUCACUUCUGCUCACAAGACAUUGAGCACCGCAAAUCACCUUCUCGAGUACCAAGAAUCCAUGGAUUGCCGUACGCUACGCCGGAUUUACGCCCUUCAGAACGCUAAUAGGUGGCCUCUCCGACAAAUGAAGCGAGCGCCGGAACCUGCCCGCCAGGCCACACAUUGGGAUAUUCUGCUAGACCACAUGAAAUGGAUGCGGACUGAUUUUCGUGAGGAACGAAAAUGGAAGAUUGCUGCCGCCAAAAGCUGUGCGGACUGGUGCGCUGAGUACGUUAAUAGUGAUGAAGAGCACCGUGCUCUCCUUCGUGUCAGUGUGAAGGCUCCGCCAAUUCAGACCGGUCGUGUGCAAGAUGACAUCAAAAUGGGAAUACCAUCCCCAUCGGAAGACGCUGUGGACGACCCAUUCCCUGUCUCUCACCCAACACCCGACCUUGUUCCUUCGGCUGAGGAGGAGUCAAUCAGUGAUGGGUAUCAUGAUGAGCCACGCCACGAUAUCAUCCACGAUACCGUUGCUCCCGCAGCAAUCUUUUCAUUGGGGUCUGAUGAGUUUAGUUUCUCUGUUGACAUGACACCCGCGACUGAAAAACUCCUUGACGAGCUUCCUAUCUAUGAACCCGUCCGGCUCUCACAUGAGACCAAGCAGCCAAUGUUCAAGCAAUUGCCGGAUUCAGUCUGGAAGACAGAGCUUCUUCCUGUCUCCAAAUUUGCCACGACUAAAAUCACCUUUCACAAAGAUGAAAUUCCAUGCAAACGAACUCGGUAUGAUUAUUCUCAGUACGGCGCUGAGAUUGAACACGGGCUCGCAGAUAUUCCACCAGAGCAAACUAAUGUCGCGUUGUUUCGGCCUGAAAAUAAGCCCAUCCGUGACCGAAUUCACCCUGGGCAUACUUUCAGACCCCCAACUGAACACCCCAUGCCCACAGUUGGGUUCUUCGAAUCGCGGCAGUCUUCGCAGUGGACGAUGGCUGAGGAUGAUGAACUUCGUCGCUUGGUCAAGGAGUAUUCAUACAACUGGUCUCUCAUCUCCAGUUGUUUGACAUCCCCAUCUAUCUUUACCUCUGGUGCCGAAAGAAGAACUCCUUGGGAAUGCUUUGAACGUUGGGUUGGACUAGAAGGGCUACCGGCUGAUAUGUCCAAGACCCAAUACUUUCGUGCAUACCACCAAAGACUUGAAACAGCCCAGCGCACUGUCCUUGCACAACAACAGGCUGCCCAGCAACAGCAACAACAACAAGCCAACAACGGUCAACCCCAGCAGCCCAUACGCCGGAGGACAACUCAACCUCUGCGCGUGGAUAGGAGGAGGUCCUCUCGGCAUCUUGCUCUACUUGACGCCAUGCGUAAGCUGGCCAAGAAGCGAGAAACAAUGUUGCAAAAACAACAGCAUGCUUCUCACCUAGCGUCGCUUAGGAAGGCCAACGAGGCGAAUCAGCCCAAACCUCCUAUCACAACUCCGGCAGAGUUUAGUCGCUUGAAAUAUGACCGUGAAAUGAAGUUGGCCGAAAGGCAAGAGCAGUACCGGCAACAGAUGAUUGCUCAGCAGCGAGCUAGCCUUGCAGCUCAGCGUGGUCAGGUACAAAACCAACCGCAGACACAACAAGCACAAACGCCACAGCAGACAACACAGCUGCAGCAAGCGCAACAACCGCAGCAGCCAAUGAUAAAUUCGCAAGCUCGUCCGAAUAACAUGACCCCGAAUUCUGGGAAUGCAGCCUUGUCUAAUGGCACGCCAAAUGGGAUCUCGGCUGGGUUACCGCAAGGUACUACAGGUGUGAACCAAGGACGGACCCAGGCCAUGCAGGGAAUGCCCGCUGGUGCGGCUCCUGUCAAUGGUCAGAUGGCGUCCAAUAUGCCUAUGAAAAUGAUGCCCCAGGGACAGAUGCAGCAAUCGGUGGGUGCCAGACCUGGCAUGCCAAUGCAGGCAUCCCCAGACAAUGCUCGCGUGAUGCGAGAGGCCAAUCGCUUACAAGAGCAACAGAGGAUGCUGCAAUCUCGUCAACAACAAGUUCCUCAACAAGGCCAACAGCAGUUCCAGAACCAGCAAUUCACCGCUCAGGGAUCGCACUCUCCCAAUCUCAACAUGGCAAAUGUGAAUGGUCCCAGUAAUCCUGCAAUGAUGGCUGCGAUGCAGACCCAAGGUGGAAUGCAAAGUCCUUCAUUUCAAGGCACUUCUCAAGGGGUUUCAACGCCGUCUCCUCGCAUGGGUCAGCCGAAUCCUCUAUCAAGCGGCAUGGUUCCGACAAUCAGCAACUACCAAAGUCAGAUCCAACGCGCCAAUCCUAACCUGCCUGCGGAGCAAGUCAACAAACUCGCUACGGACCGUCUCAUGCAACAUCAGCAGCAGCGCAUGUCGCAACAAGCGGCUAUCAAUGCGGCCGCUGGUAGUAUGAAUAAUACCCAAGCGAGUUACCAGGUGCCCCAUGAAGGGAACUUCCAGGCUCCUCAGCAGCCCGCGAUACCCAACGGCAACUCAGCAAUGCAGGUUCCCCAGAACCAGGGCUUCUCUCCUAUGAUGCGAGUUCCUCAAAACAACCCCCAGAACCGAGUGGCCCCUACCAGUUCGCCUGCUAUGAAUGGUGCCGGGCCUCAAAACAGCCGCAGCGCAACUCCUCAGGCGCAGCGUAGUGGCAGUGCUCAAGCUGGCGCGGUCCAAGCCGCAAACAAAAGCCCCCAUCCACCGGCUGCCCAAACGGCGACAAGUUAA